AUGCUCUCCCACGCCCUCAUCUUCAGCGCCUUCAGCGCCCUCGUCACCGCGCACUUCACCCUCGAAUGGCCCACUGCCCGCGGCUUCGAUGACGACAAGGAGCCCAACUUCCCCUGCGGCGGCUUCGACAGCGUCUCCAGCAACCGCACCUCGUUCCCGCUGUCCGGCGCGCCUAUCCAGCUGAAGAUGGGCCACACCGAGUCGAACGUGCAGGUGCUGCUGGCCGUGGGUAAUGACCCGGGCAGCGCCUUCAACAUCGAGCUGCGCCCGACGUUCCGCGAGCGCGGCCCCGAUUCCUUCUGCAUCGGCGGUCUCGACAUCCCGGCUAGCGCGAACCUGACGGCCGGCAUGAACGCGACGAUCCAGGUCGUGACGAACGGCGAUCCCAACGGUGGCCUGUACCAGUGCGCCGACGUCACCCUGACCAACCAGACCCUUUCGACCGACGAGUACAACUCUCACUGCACCAAUAGCUCCGGCGUCACCUCCCAGACCAUCUCUAACCCUCGCAAUGCCAACGAGACAAGCGAGAGCUCUUCUGCCUCCGGCACCACGUCCUCCACCGCCGCCAGCGCUACUGCCUCGAAGGGUGCGGCUUCUGGUGACCUUGGCUCGUGGAGCGGUGUCUGGGCGUUGGGCGCCGCGGCCGUUGGCGGUGCUGCCGCAUUGUUGUAA